AUGAAAAAAUAUGAAAUUACAAGUUUAUAUAUUUACAUUGAAAAUAUAAAUUUACCUCUUAUUGAUAUUAGCAAAGAUGAAUAUGCAGAUAAAGAUAUUGAAGUUAUUGAUAUUAGCAAAGAUAUUGAAAUCAUAAAUGUUAGUGAAAAUGAAAGUACUGAAAUUAUUAAUAUUAGCAAAGAUAUUGAAAUUAUGAAUGUUAGCGAAGAUGAAGGUAUUAAAUUCAUUGAUAUUAGUGAAGAUAUUGAAAUUAUUAAUAUUAGCGAAGAUAUUGAAAUCAUAAAUAGUGAAGAUAAUAAUAUUGUAAAUCUUAAUAAAGAUAUUAAAAUUAUAGGCAUUA